UAUCCAUUGCUUUUGUUCAAAAAAAAAAAAAAAACUAUCCAUUGCUUUCCCCCUAGCGUUUUCUUCUCGGUCGAUCUUCUUCUCCAACUCACACUCCGGCGUCUCUUAGUCGACCGACCGCUCCUUCAGAAGCAGAGAAAGUCAUUCAGGAAACAUGCCGGGUCAGAAGAUUGAAACAGGUCAUGAGGACAUGGUCCAUGAUGUGCAAAUGGACUACUACGGAAAGCGAGUUGCAACUGCCUCAUCUGACUGCACCAUCAAGAUAACCGGCGUUAGCAACAACGGUGGAUCCCAGCACCUAGCUACAUUAACCGGCCACCGUGGUCCCGUCUGGCAGGUCGCGUGGGCCCACCCUAAGUUUGGAUCAUUCCUUGCUUCAUGCUCCUAUGACGGUCAGGUCAUACUCUGGAAAGAAGGCAGCCAAAACCAGUGGACCCAAGCUCAUGUCUUCACGGACCAUAAAUCUUCGGUCAACUCCAUCGCUUGGGCUCCUCAUGACCUCGGACUGUCCUUGGCUUGUGGGUCAUCCGACGGAAACAUUUCGGUAUUCACAGGCCGUGCUGAUGGUGGUUGGGACACGACGAAGAUCGACCAAGCGCAUCCGGUUGGAGUCACUUCUGUCUCAUGGGCACCAGCCACUGCGCCUGGUGCUCUUGUCAGCUCUGGAUUGCUUGAUCCGGUUUACAAGCUGGCUUCCGGUGGGUGUGAUAAUACUGUGAAAGUGUGGAAGCUCUCAAAUGGGUCGUGGAAGAUGGAUUGCUUUCCGGCUCUUCAGAAGCAUACUGAUUGGGUUCGUGAUGUGGCUUGGGCACCGAACUUGGGUCUCCCUAAGUCCACCAUAGCCAGUGGCUCACAGGAUGGGAAAGUGAUCAUAUGGACAGUGGGGAAAGAAGGUGAGCAGUGGGAAGGUAAGGUUCUGAAGGACUUUAUGACCCCGGUGUGGCGGGUAUCGUGGUCGUUGACAGGUAACAUGUUGGCUGUGUCCGAUGGGAACAACAACGUGACGGUGUGGAAAGAGGCUGUUGAUGGAGAGUGGGAACAGGUCACCGUUAUGGAAUGAUACGUUUCGCUAUUUACUUUACUGAAUUAAAGUCUUUUUAAAAGGAUCCUUUUUCUCAGGCUGGUUUGGUGGUCUAUCUGUGAGGGAAUGUGGAUGUGUUUUUUUCUUCUUCUUAAUUUGGGUUUCGGAACAUUUUGGUCAUUUUCAUCUUUCCUAGCGACUUUUUCUUUUGUUUUUCCUUUUUAAAAACACUAUCUUCGUGAAAUAUAAUAUCUUAGUUUUAAACUGGACUA